AUGAAGAUCAUCUCUGGUGCACUCAUGGUAAUCAAGGGAAUUCAGAAGAACAAUAACUUGUAUCACUAUCAAGGUCAUACAGUUAUUGGGACAGCAGCAACAGUUUCUUCUGAUGCUAAGGAAACAGAGGAUAAGCAAGAUGAUCAUAGUAUUGUUGGAUACUGUGAUUCCGACUACGCUGGUUAUUUGGAUAAGCGUCAGUCAACUACUGGCUAUGUUUUUACUCUUGCAAAAGCGCCAGUUAGUUGGAGGUCUACUUUACAGUCAACAGUUGCUUUGUUCACUAUAGAGGCAAAGUAUAUGGCAGUCACAGAGGCUAUGAAGGAGCUGCUCGUGGUUGCUGGCCGUGUGGCCGGCGCUGACAGCAAGCAGCAGCAGGCAUGCGCGGUGGUUGCUGUGAUUGCAGCAAAGCUUGGAGCUGGCCGGAGUGAAGAUUAA